CGGCAAAUUCCUCAAAAAACUGCUUUGGUGUUAGUAGCAUAAGAGCUUUGUUGAUAACGCGGGGGAAUGAGAGGGCUCUGCCAUAUAUGACAUCAGCAAUCUAGAACAUUUAUGAUCCAACAUUCUGCUUGCAAUUAGACCUCCCCAACGCAGUGUUCAGGCAGGCAGCAAAUCCUUCAAAGAAUGUUUGACCCCAAACUUUUAGAUAUCCCAGCUGUGAUCUUUGACAAUGGGUCUGGACUGUGCAAAGCGGGUAUUGCCGGGGACAGCGCUCCCCGGUCGGUUAUUACAGCUAUUGUGGGCCGCUCGAAAGCCAAAGCGACAAUGCUAGGAGCGGGCCAGAAGGAAUAUUACGUGGGAGAAGAAGCCCAGUCCAAGAGGGGAGUCUUAUCAUUGAAUUAUCCAAUCGACCAUGGCAUCGUUACCUCCUGGGAUGACAUGGAGAGGAUCUGGAGGCACGUCUAUGAGUGUGAGCUGAGAAUCAAAGCCAGCGACAGGCCGGUGCUACUGACAGAAGCCCCACUCAAUCCCCUGCAGAACCGGGAAAAAAUGACCGAGAUCAUGUUUGAAGGCUUUAAGGUGCCUGCCAUGUAUGUUGCUGUCCAGGCGACGCUGGCUCUCUACGCAUCCGCACGCACAACGGGGAUAGUGAUGGACAGUGGCGAUGGAGUUACCCACACGGUCCCCAUCUAUGAAGGAUACUGUUUACCCCAUGCUGUUUCCAGACUGGACAUCGCAGGCAGGGAUAUCACGGAAUACUUCAUGAGACUCCUUUUGGAAAGUGGGCACUCCUUUGUAAGCACAGCUGAGAGGGAGAUUGUGAAAGACAUCAAGGAGAAGCUGUGCUACGUGGCUCUAGAUCCCAUCCAAGAAAUGAAAGCAAAGCCGGAAGAAAUCCUCAAAGAAUACAAACUGCCGGAUGGAAAUAUCAUUAAGAUCGGCAACCAGCUCUUUCGAGCCCCGGAGACCCUUUUUAUGCCAGCCAACAUUGGCAUCGAAGCCCCCGGGGUGCACAAAAUGAUCUUCAACAGCGUCAUGAAAUGUGACAUUGACGUUCGCAGGAAUCUUUAUGGCAACGUGCUGCUUUCCGGGGGGUCCACCCUCUUUCCGGGGCUGGAUGAGCGGAUCCUGAGGGAGAUGCAGCGGCAGGUGCCCAUCGGGAUGGCCGUACGCAUCAUAGCCCCGCCUGAGAGGAAGUACUGUGUGUGGAUCGGCGCGUCCAUCCUCACUUGCUUGUCAUCUUUUAAACAGAUGUGGGUCACCGUCAGCGAUUACAAAGAGUUUGGGGCAGCCGUCGUGCACAGGAAAUGCUUUUAGGGCGGGAUUACAGAAGGGAAUCGUUGGUGCUCCAGAAAAUGUGACCAAGGUGGGAACGUGAUGAUGCUACAGCUGCUAGUGUAUUUAUUGUCUGACCAAACAUUAAAGAAAAUAAAACAUUAGAAACGUACCAUCCA